GUUGUUGAUCAAUUUGGAUGUCCUGAAUGCUUCUAUAACUGCUCAACCAAAGACAUGAUAGUCAAGCAUCUGAAACAGAAACAUGACAACACCAACAAGAAAUGGUUGAAUGUCUGUAUUCAAUCCCUCAACAAGGGUACUAACAGGGCAUUGCUCCGUGUGAAUCCUCGAAAAACUGUGCUCACUACAGCAGAACCUUGUCUUGACACAGAAGACGGUUUUGAAAAACUCAAUGAUGAGUUUCAAUCCUUCAGCUGGCAAAGAUCCAGGGCUGGUCUGCCCAUACCAAAUGCUCGCAAAAUACACCCAUUUCUAAUACGCACUCAGUGGCAUAUCCACGUCGCUGAUUUUGAAACAACGGAAUUGCGGACCUUAGUCAGGGCUUCAGAUCCUGGGGAGUACCCCCUGGUACAACGCACUAUUCAUGAAUAUUUCGUCGAUUGCAGUGGCCUUCUCAGUCUCCAAAAAACUCAUGUCUCAGUAUUGGAGCUGUUGAACUCCCCAGAGCCAGGAAAAAUCAAUAAUAAACCUCUUCAAGCUCAUCAUCAGGAGACAGUCACUUUACAGCAAUACAUUGCACUUGUGCAGAAGCUGAUAAUCAGUUUGUUGCGCAAGUCACAGAAUUAUCAAUAUCCUCAAUCUGUUGCACUGAAGACUGCAUUAGAACAGCUUGUAAUGGACCCAAAAUUAUCCGCACUCCACCAUGUUCUCAAGGCACUAUGGUUAUGCAGAUGGUAUGAUCCAGUGGACAAGCCCAAUGGCUUUCCUGAUCCUACCAUGUGUUUUAUGGCACUCAUUCAUAUCAGGCCGGAAGGCGAGUUCUCUGAUCCAAAAGACGUACCGCAGCCGAUCGCCAAACUCUCCCUACGUGCAAUAACCCACUAUGCGAGUGCGAUUGCUUAUAGUACUAUUUCGCCCCCCAAGAUCUGGUGGGAUGAUCAGGAGUGUUACACUAGCCUGCGCUACAAAGGCAGAAGCAUCACAGAAACCCACAUCCAUACUCUGUUUGAAAGGCUUCAGGACAAGAUAAUCAGACUCUGGGAGGACAAGAUCCUGGGAGGCCUUUCUCAUAGGGUGACGUAUGGUUCACUCGCAGACAACCUCACAAACUGCGAACCCGGCUACUCAUUCCUUGACGAUGUCGAAAAUCGCUUCUCUGAUCACUUUCAUGACUUACUUCGACUCUUCUUUGCUGAUCCUCAGUUGCGAAAGCAAUUUUUCCACGUACCUGGAGGAUCGCAAAAGUGGGAGUUCAAUUCACUCCGAUGGCGAGUUUGGUUAGCGGACUUGGCAGACCUAGAAAAGCACUUAAUACUUGCCGUGGAUAUGAUGGGAGGAGCACCAGCUCGUGGCACAGAAAUCACCUCAGUCCUCAUUCGAAACACGCCAUUUCGGGUCCGCAACAUGCGAGGACUGGGGAAGUUUGUUGCGAUGGUUCGUGAAUAUUCAAAAACCACCAACAUAAUGCAGGCAGAUAAAGUCAUCCCUCAUGCAAUGGAUGCUUUCUGUGCAGACAUAUUCAUCCAAGUUCAUGUGCUAGCCCGGCCUAUCGCACAGUACCUCGCCAGCAAGUUGUACCCAAAUGACCCCGGUGUUGCUGUUCUCUAUGGUGAAAUGGCCUUCAUGGAUGCUGGAAAAGAAUUUUCCUCCGAGAGUCUCUCCACUACGAUGGCAAAUAGCAGUCUGCCUAUUUUAGGUUGGGGACUCAAAAUUAGUGCAUGGCGUGAUGUUACCGUUGCCUUCAAACGAAAACGAUGCAACAAAACAAUGGCACUUCUGAAUGAUGAUGAGACAUUCGAGUUACACAUGCAGCAGAAUGGCCAUAGCAUCGAUGUAAAUAAACAACACUACGGGACGACUCCCUUCAGCUUCCUCGGGUACCCAGAAGAUGUCAUUUUUGCAUAUUUGAUGGUUAGCACAGAGUGGCAACGCCUGUUUCACAUUGUUCCCGGCGGAAUCCAUCUUCCCUAUUCCCAAACGUCCACAAGGAAUUACAAACAUCUUUAUGACACAGGAUUCCUGAGGACCAAGCUUUUUCCUGGUCCGAUGCUUUCACUAUCAGAGACUAGUGAAAAGAGCCAUGAUUGGCAGAUUCAUGAUACAUUACUCGAAUUUACUCGACAGCAACAAUCACGAGAUGAAGCACAUAUGCAGGAGAUUGAGAAUUUAAAAGCUACUAUUACUUCUCUCCAGCGCAGCAAUGCUGAUACUCAAAAACAAAACAAGGAAUUACACACUCUCUUAUCUGUGGCUCUACCUUUGCUUGGCAGCUUGGUUUCUAAUAAUACAGUCACCAGUCAAAGCUUAUCUCACAGUGUAAAUACAAUCACGACUUUGGCUCAUAUCUCAAAUGAUAACCUUUCCUUCAUACCUCUUGUUGCAGAUCAACAAUGCAGUCCAAGAUCCUGCAUUAGAGUCAUCCAUGUUAAAGGUGAACUCCAAUUGAGAAAAAUCCUGGAUGGCCUUCCUUAUGGCAAAGACACAGAAUUUACUUACGACAUGAUAUGUCUUCUGAAAGGAAUGUAUGGUCCUUCAAUCCAGUGGCGAUGUCAAGAACAACGUGACGCAGUAGAAGCAUUAUUGGCUCUCAGAACCGAUGUAGUGAUUGCGCUGGGAUGCGGGGUAGGCAAAACUGCAGUCAUUUUGCUUGCAAGCUUGGUGGAAAAUGGUCAUACGAUUGUUGUUACACCACUCGUUUCAUUACUUCAAGAUUGGCAGCGACGCCUCAGAACCCUCAAUAUUGCCUUCGAGCAUUACGCUGGUGCUCAAACCAAAACACUCUCGGGCCAUGCCAACAUCAUUCUGGCAUCAGCCGAUACUGCUAGAGGCAAACACUGGGAGGCUUGCUUGAAUAUGCUGUCUAGGCCUGUUUACCGUAUCGUUGUGGAAGAAGUUCACAAUCAUGCCACUGAAGCAAGCUUUCGUCGGAAAGCAUUUGCCAAUCCUUAUCAGCUUCGUAAUGCGGGGCCUGUUCAACUAGUAUUGAUGAGUGCAUCUGUUCCAGUACCACUGCUGAAUACUCUCUCAAAGUCAUUUGAGCUCCGUCCGGGGUUCAAGGUUUUCCGCACACCAGCUGUGAAGGACAAUGUCAUUUUCAUUCGGCACAAACCCCUGGGUAACGAUUCCAUCAUUGCUGAAACAGUCACUAGUUAUAUUCAAUCCUGGAAACAAGCCGGGUUUCAUAAUACGGACGACCGGUACAUUGUUUAUGUUUAUAGCACUAAACAAGGGGAAGCACUGGCAAAAUGUUUGGGCUGUGACUUCUACCACUCCGCAUCCCAAACCUAUCCCAUCACUGAUCAGGAGCGUCGAACCAUGUUAGAUCGGUGGAUUACUGGUGAUAAUAGUACUCUUGUAUCUACCACUGCCCUCUCAGCUGGUCUAGACUGCCACGGGAUAGUCAUGGCUUUCAACAUAGGCGUUCCUCCGGAGCUAAUAACAUACUAUCAGCAAACUCAUCGUCUUGUGCGAGGUGAAGGCGGCGUAGGUGUCUGUAUAUUAAUCCCGUGGCCGAAAAAGCCGGUUUCGGACCGAGGGGACAAAGACAUUCUUGCAUUGUGUGGACGAGAAGAGCUUUUGGAUUUGGCGUAUUUUGACAUCUCUGCAGAAAAUUUUCCUAUGCGCUGCUUGAGAUAUCGAAUAACAAAGUUUCUCAACGGCAGAGGUCAAACUUGUGCGGCAAUAGAUGCAACUCUAGAUCCUUGUACCGGCUGUCUCCCAGGUCAGUAUUCACCUGCUCAGGUGCUAGAUAUCUAUUGA